AUUACUAUACAUAACAUCAGUUGGGGUUAAAAUUAUUACCAUCUGACAAAACCAAAAUCUAUAUUUCACUUUGAAAGCUCAGACUUUGCUCCCAUUUUUUCAAACUCAAUUUAGGUUCUAAACAGAAACCGUUAUUUUAAAGUCCAUUCACGUACAGUUAUGCCCACUAGGUUUUGAACUAGUUUUGAAUCUUUGUCAAAAUUUAUUAAACUGUGAUAAACGGUUCAAACGCAAUUAACCCAAAAAUCCCAAAAUAGUCAAAUUUCCAGGAUAAAUUUAGCUAUUCUUUAAAAUCAUUGAACUAAAUUGGACACACCAACAGCGCUUAAGUAAAUUCUCCAGGUAUAAAAUCUGUGGUGUAAAUUUGUAUCAAUGGAGCAUCCAUUAGAAUCGAUUGCCGAGUCACGUGAUGAUGUCGACGUUUUACGAACAGUCGAAACGCUCAUUAACGAGUUCAAAGAAGAACUCGGCAUUCUGCACGAGAAGAAAGAGAUAAUUACGAACCAACGAGAGGCGGACUCGCUCUUGUCGAGUGCAAAUCAAAUGUGGAAAGCGAGAAGUUCUUACAAGUAUCAGUUCAAAAAUGACCUUGAAAUUCGGACCAAUCACAUUGAGGAUAUGAAACAACGCGCCAAAGAGGCGAUCAUAGAAGCGGAGGCUGUGAAUCAUAGCUUGGCAGUUGCGGCGUCGUCGUCGGCCGGCGGAGCGUACAGUGCAGCGGCACCUGCGGGGGAUGUGGGAGUGACUAAAAAUGAGGAUCAGAAGUUGUUGGAUCUAAGAGUGACUGAGUUACAAGAAGUGUAUUAUGCCGUAAAUGAUAUUUUCAACACGAUCGGGUGUCUUAUAGACGAGAUCUUGGUUGAUUUUGACGACUACAUUCAAAACGCCGCAAUUUACGAGCAGGCCAAGACGAAAAUUGAGGGAAAACUCAAAUCUCUCGAACUGGAAUACUUCCCUCCUCACGACCCCUCGUCUGUCGCCGACUCUGGAAGCAGUCAUCGAGGUAGCAACGCGUCCAGUAACUCUGGCAUCGCGACAAACGCCACUAGCCCUACUAUUCGCUACAACAGACAGACUCGUGACUCGCCGACAACGGAGUCGGCUCAGCAUCAGUUCGUGCUGCACUCCUCCGAGUCGCAGCCGAGUUGUCUGCCGAUGUUGGGGGAACUGAGUGUUGAGGAGCUGGAGGUGGAGAGAGUGAAGGUCCGUCACGUGAUUGCAAUCAUCUUUGACGAUGACUCCCACGCUCAGCUUCAAGAUCUGAAAUUGAUCCUGGAAGAAGUCGAUCUGUCCUCAGACUCAGUCCGAGUCGAGAUCGAGGGCCUGAUCGGAAGUUUCGAGAGAGAACUGUCGGCAGCCCACUGCAGGGCCGAGGAGAUAGAGAGAGUACUGGACUUCAAGAUCCUGGAGAGGACACUGGACAACUCAGUCAAACCACCCUGGAGAAGAGCCAUCAACUCAGAGACCGGUCUUCCAAUUUACAUAAACAACACUACCAACUCAUCUCCUCAAAUCAGCCCUCAGCACCCCAAAUUCGCCAAGAUCAGAGCCAGACUUGUUCACUCUUCGUCCGAGGUCAAAUUCCCCAACUACAGGGUCGGCAAAAAGGCCACCUAUCUCCAAUACAUGCUUCUCGGAAACUACUGGCAAAGUUGGGAUGCCUUCAUUCCUCGGCAAUCUUACGCGCAACUCGUGAACCUACCCGACUUCUUACCCCUAAUCCGAACCCUAUACGAGAGCAUUGACCCUAAACUCGUGAGCCGAGGUAAAAUAGCAGAGGCGAUGGACUGUUUCUACAACCUUUUGAUCCAAAUGGCAGAACCGGAAGUAAAACUGACAGGUCGGUCGGCUCAGUUUGCAGUGAUCAUUCUGUCCAGCGCGUCAUUUGCGGAUAAAAUGGCUGAGUUGUUCCGUUUGUUUGAAACUCUGACUAUUUUCGACGGUUUUGACCAGGAGCCUAUGAUUCAAACAACAGACUUCAAAAUUAUGCUCGAGAAAAUUCUCAACUUCGCCAAAUUUCUGGACGAGGAAAGCUUCGAAAUCAUGGAGCAAUCUUUGUUUGAAGAGUUCGGAGACUUCGAUUCUGUCUGGGUGACGCAAACCCAGUUUUUCCAGUGGGCAAACACCCGUCCUCUAAUCAUCGACUGGAUCAAAUGUCACGACGAAUUUUUGAAUUCAAAACCGAGUGAAGUAAAACACCAAGCUAAGUGUAAUCAAUGCACCGUUUACCCUAUCGAAGGUAUUUUGUUCAACUGCCAAAAAUGUGCGAAUUUCCACCUGUGCGACACUUGCUAUCUCGCAAAAGCGUACCAUCACGACGACACGCAUGAUUUUUUCUCAUUGACGGAGCCGUUAGCCGGAAAUAAAAAAGGAUUUUUGCAGUUUCCUUUGUUCAGAAGAAGGUCUGGAAAGAAAGGCCGUGGAAAAAGAGAAAACUCAAGCGGAAACAGUGAUAGCUUUACGCUCGAACGUCGAAACACGACUUCAACUUCUAGUUUCAAACGAAAAACGAGCACUGGAAGUCGAAAAGGUUCCCCGGGACCGACAAACAGCAACAGCAACAACAAAAAUCGGGAUGCAAAAAGUAGUUCGAACUCUUACUGUUCACUUCUGGACAAAGAGCAAAUCGAGAGAAGAAGAGCGGGAAGAGUGGAGAAUCAUUACAACUCACUGAAACUGCCCCCUCCCCCCGCGCCCAGAAGUAUGGUGGAGUCCCCCUUGGCUGGUCGGCCAGAGCCUCAAAUGGGGGAGGGGAACCAAGAGGCGCAAAGCGACAGCAACUCUUACGCCUAUGUGGAAUGCACUGCCCUUGUACCACAAGGGUCAACAGAGGUCAUGAGAGUAAGGUCAGAGAGAGGUGACGGUGAACACAAUGCCAUCAAUGAAUUGGUCAGGAAGCUAAGCGACACAAAGGAAAACAAAGAACACCAGGGAGUGGAAAGUGUGGCUUCGAGAAACAAAGUGGGAGACAUAGACGAUAAAGCUGUGAGUGAAAAAGUAAGCGAACUUGAGGACAUGUUUUCCAACCUAUUCUCACACGUUAAGACGAUCUCGCAGACGGCGGGUAUUCCUCUAAUCGAAACUACCAACACGAACUCCACGAAACACCCAGCCGACAACAAUCCGACUCAGGGUGAGUCAUACCAGCUGGACGACAUCCAGUACGACUCAAUUGUGAGUCUCAAGUUCGGACGAGAGACUGACCAGAUUGUUGUUCACGUGAGCGAGGCUUUGGAGCCGAUUGAGAACCACGAGAGGCUGAGGACUGUCGCUAAGUGCACUCUGAUUGGUCCGUUUGCUGCCCAACUGGAUUACCCUGUCAAGUCAUUCGUGACGCAGUCGUUUGAACUUGGUGAAGACAUUUCUUCUCAAGAGAUUUCUUCCAGGAAAACUUCCAGUCUGUCGAGUAGCCAAUCAAAAUCGGAGUCUCAACUGAAAGAGACCGAAAGCGAAGAGGAACACGUGCAGCUGACCGAUGUGCCAGAGAGCAGAAAAAAAGAAGAGAGAAACAUUUCGAUUAUUGCCGACUACUGUUCCGAUUUGGUGGACAAAUGCUUCCAGGAAGCCAAUAUUUUUGUAAACUGACCUAAACUUGACUAACUUCGAAAAUUAUGAGUAUUAUAAAUGAUAGAUGGGUGUUUUAAUUGAUUUUAUA